AACACACUGAGCGGAACAAAAGUAACCAACAUGAAUGUUCCACUACGGAUUUAAUUUUCGUUACUCCUGACUCUCGGGAUGGUUUUAGCUAGCCGAUGAAUUAAGCUAAUAAUGUAUGUUUGUGUCUCACAAUGUCAAUACACUCACGUUUAUAUCGGUCACAUCUAUAACUUUGAAGGAAUCUGCUGAUAUUGUUGUCUGCCACAAUGGAACGUGAUAUUUUAGAUGUUCUGGAACAAAUCGGGUAUGACGGACCUCUGCAGGAUGAGGAGACGCUUGUCAAGGCAUGUGAAGGUGGACUGUCAUCACCUGAGUAUGUCAACCUAUGCAUGUGGUUAAAGUCCCGUCUGAAACCGUUAUGUGACCUGGAAGAGAGCAGUACAUCAGGUUCUGGUGAUACUGAUGGCCUUCAGUUUGAGAUGAGUGAUAUGCUGAAGGAGUUGGAGUGCCCCUAUCGAGGCCUUGUGUCCGGGAUUCUACAGGGAGGACUGCAGAAUAAAAAAGAUCAUCUAAAACUAGUAUUGUUUUUAAGCUCAGAGGUACAAGCUGCACAGAUAGUGAAGAGCCGACUUGUUGAGGACAAACAACACAAAGACCGAAACGAUCUCCAGGCAAUCUGUGAAACACUGAAGCUCCCACAGCCAAGAGAGCAGGAAGUAGUAGAGCUGUUCUCCGGGAUAGAACAAAAGAUAAACGCAGUGCUUCAAGAGCUUCCAAAGGAUCACAUUGGAAAGCCAGUACUGAAGAACACUCUCGACAGUGAACAGUGGGAAAAGCUGGAGCAGAUCAACACGGUCCUGUCCUCACAGUAUGAGUGUCGGCGGAGGCUGCUGAUCAAACGUCUGGACGUCACUGUGCAGUCUUUCGGCUGGUCAGACAGAGCCAAGGAGAGAGUUGACUGUAUGGCCAGGGCCUACCAGCCUAAGAGACACUCCCUGGCCCAGAUGUCGUCUGUGGGCAUGGCUCACCUGCUGGCAGCCAGGGAGGACAUCUGCAAUGUGGUGAAGACCAGCAGUGGCUCAAGCAGAGAGAAUACUGCCUGUGCCGUCAAUAAGAUCCUGAUGGGGAGGGUGCCAGAUCGCGGUGGUCGGCCCUCUGAGAUAGAUGCCCCCCUCCCUGAGAUGCCAGCCUGGCAGAAGAGACAAGACGGAGGUUUUAGCGGUCGUGGUGGUGGUGGUCGAGGAGGAGGUGGUGGUAGUUGGGGAGGGGGUAAGGGUGGCUGGCGAGGAGGGGGUGGAGUAGGAGGUGGCUUUGGUUGGGGUCAUGGAGGAAAGAGAGGACGUUACCAAUACUAACAACAAUGAUUUAUUUUUGACUGAAAAGCCAAACAGUGUUAACUGAAACCUACUCAUGUGUAUCUGCUUUGCUAAGGGCAACACUAAGGCAUUGUUUAUUUGGAGUGAUGUGGACUUGACUGAAAUUUUACAGAAUGCUACUGUAGGAACUCUCCAAAAUAUUUGUCACCCAUUUUUGUGUUAAUUUUCAAUGCUGUUAUGAACUGUGCUGCUGAGGAUCAUUGUAGAAGCAACGAGUCAAACUCACUGACCAUUUUUUAUAGAUUUUCUUUUAUUUUGGUAACACUUUACUUGACACCCAGUGUUAACACGUUAUGAGACGGUCAUAACCUGUUAUACAGUCAUGACGCAUAUAUUUACACCGGUUGUGACAUAUUGCGUUAUUUUAUUGCUGGUUAUGACACCUACAUAAGAGUGUCAAAACCCACAUUUAUUCAAAUUCGUUUUUUCCCUGCCAAGAAAUGUCCUUUCUCUUAAAUCCUUUGUUUUUGUUUAGUCAUGUAUUUUUUAAUAAAUGUUUUAAGAACUUGUA